AUGAAAGAUUUCCCAUUGAAUGAGCUGGUAUCGGCUACAGAUUUGGACUCGAUCAAAAUUGCACUCGGUAAUGUCUUCGGGCAUAUGAAAAAGAUAAGAGCUACUAAAUAUCCGGUCCAACGUGCUUUACGGUUUAUUGAAGCGAUUUCUCGUGAUAUGAACGGCCAAAUACUAAAGGUACUCGGUACUCGUCGUCUAAUGCAUAUCUCUAUUGUGGAAUUUGAUCAGCUUAUGAUGCAAUGUAUUCAACUGUUUAAUAAAUGGGAUGAUGAAUAUGACAGAUUCAUCGCUCUUUUGCGUGACAUUUCAAAGAAGAAACGUGAUGAACCUGUGAAACUGAUGUGGAAGGUGAUGCCUCUGCACAAGAAACUCGAAGGACGUCUCGUACAAAUAAAGGCAUUCAGA